AUGCGAACAACGCAUUGGCAGAGUGAGUUUUGGGCGGAACGGAAGAGGAGUAAUUGGGGAGAAACAGGGACUCAGCAGGGGAGCAGAAUACGGCAGACGAGUUGGAUGGAGGACACCAGACGGGGAGAGACGAGAGUUCGCGGUGAGGAGGCCGGAGCGAGCGAGAUCAGCCGAAACGUCGAGGUGAUCGGAGGGAAGCGAAGAAUACCUCAUCAAUGGAUGAAAAUGGGGAGGAGCGAUAUUAGCCAACCUUGGGUGGAGCCUUCCAUAACGCUAGUCACGUACGGUAACUACGGUAAUAAUGCCUUGUCUCGUCCACGGAUGCAUCGCCGCCACUGCGUCUCCAUAUUUGCCAUCCUCCAGCGUGCUCGGGGAAUAAUUACUUCGCGGUGGCAGUAG